AUGUCGCUUUCUUCUCGCCUUCCCCUUUUUUUGCAGAUCAGCGACGACGAUCAUUACUCGUGUUGCCAAAGGCCACUUGAAAAGUCACCAAAUGCAGCCCUUCACACGCGCAUCACUUAUUUACCCUCCCGGCUUUCCCCCAUCAGCGCGUUCAUUCUCUUACCAUCUAUCCCUGCCUUCGUUUUUUUUGUGUGUGUUUGUGUCAUUGACAUCCUCCAUGGCAGCGCCUUUUGUGCCACGUGCGUCUCGGCGGAGUCCGUGGAGCGGGCCCAGAACAACGCCAGCCCCCUGAUGGGCCGCUGGAAAUGGGGCAGCGACAACCCUCAGGCUUUCUUUGAAGCCAACUUUCCGGAAGGGUGGUCGUUCAACGGGGUGACCUGCGGUACCCCCGGAGAGUUCCCUGAAGGGGCCGACUACGGAGUGGGUUUCGUGGGCAAGGCGCCGGCGUACGUCAUAGGGUACUUUUCGUCGUCGUCGUCUUCUUCCUCCGGGGGGGGCUCCGGCUAGUGGUGACCCUGGCCGGGGACGAAUAGUUUUUUGGAAGAAAGUGGGAGACGUGGUUUGUAACAUUUCAGCAGCCGUGGGGUGGUUAACAAUGUUUUGUGAUUGGUGAGCAUGAUGGAUAAAGCAUACAAUCGGGGACGUUGGGAAAGGGUUAGGGUUACGGAGUAGGGUCUGCGCAUCCCCUCCCCGUUAUAUUUCCUCAUUAACCUAUUUCUCGCGAAGGGGGGUCUGAGAUUUUGGCGGGGGCAGUGUUGUAGGAAGAAUCUGUAUGUGGUGGAUUCUAUCAUGUCGUGUCGGUACUGCUUGUAGUUUUGGCGCGAGUGUUGAUUUCUUCGGAAGUACUUUCGUAUGUAGAUAUUUGGGGCAUUAGCGACGAGGAGGACGGGAGAGGUAGAGUUCAUGGGUAGGUUGUACAAAAUAAAAUUCGGUAGUCCGGAAGCCAUGGACUUGUGCUGUAUGGCGUGAGGAAUCAUCGUGAACAGAUGGCAACUCAUGCAUGCGGAGGCCGGAGUUUGCCACCGCUCCAGGUGCAUGAGGUUCGACUCUCGCUGCGCCAUCCGGAGCGAGCCCACACAACCCGUGUAAAGUGCACCCAUGUGUGUAGAGCCGAUAACAACCUCAGCGGUUGCCAGUCGGAAACAUCACUUUUACUUAUUGACGGUAGAGGCCACACACGCGCACACAGAGAGCGCCUUGGUCCUGACCCCCCAUCUCGAGCUCUACACCCACAUCCACACCUGUACCCGUACCGCUCAUUAACCCGUUUCCGUACCGUCAACCCGUUCCCGUCCUAGAUAACUGCGCCAACGUACCCAGGUUGACUCAGUCUCGAGGAGCCCCCGCUCUAGGGCCCUUCGAUCCACCACUCUACUUGACUAAUGAAUAUCAGUAGGCUACCGUUUGCUAGUUUGUGUAUAUUACAUCCCCUCCCUCCCCCUCACAGUCACACCACGAAAAAUUGCUGUGCACCGAUCAGCGAUCAGCACCAAUGGUAACAAAGUAGUGCAGUCACGAGGGACCC